CAUUCAAAGAAAACCGAAUAUGGCGGUCCAGUCCCAUAAGACAGAAAACCCAACGGUGAUCGCUCCACCCAAACCAAUAAUCAUAUCUGCAGAGGAGAAUGGAUCCACCCGUCAUUGAAUCUCAGCCAUGAUCAGAGGAAACGUCGAUUAUCCGGAUACACUAAAAUCAAUCCACAAUUGAAGUCACGGCGUAAGAGAUUGAUCGUAUAAAUGGCGAAUUUCUUAUCUCAGUUUCAGUCUAUCAAAAAUUCUUGCGAUCGCCUCAUCAUUGCAAUUGACGAUGUGAGUGAUUUGUGGCCCCUUGUGAAGGAAGGAUUUGAGAAACGGCUUCCAUUUAAAAGAGCUACAUUGAACAACAAAACCCGAAAUCCUGUGACUGUAGAUAAUCUUCCAGCCGAGUUUAUCUUAGCAUCAGAUCAAAGGGUCAGAAGUCGUUUCCUUCCAGAGCAACCAUUGUUUUGGUUUAAAGAACCAUAUGCAACUGUGGUUCUUGUGACCUGUGAGGAUCUGGAUGAGUUCAAAACAAUCCUGAAACCACGUCUGAAAUUAACCUUGCAAAAUGAUGAGAAGCAGUGGUUCAUUGUGUUUGUGUCUAAAGCUGCACCCAAUAAUGACCAAGCAUACAAGAUGGCACAAAAAGUUUAUGGAAGACUUGAAGUUGAUUUCAACUCAAGAAAAAGGGAAAGGUGCUGCAAAUUUGAUCUACAUGGACCUGAAACAACUUUUUGGGAAGACUUACAGCUCAAAAUCAUGGAGUGCAUUAGAAACAGUCUUGAUAGGCGUAUUCAGUUCUAUGAGGAUGAGAUUCGUAAGCUCAGUGAACAACGUUUUAUGCCUAUUUGGAGUUUCUGUAAUUUUUUCAUUCUCAAGGAGAGCCUGGCAUUCAUGUUUGAAAUGGCUCAUCUUAAUGAGGAAUCAUUGCGUGAAUAUGAUGAACUAGAGCUCUGUUAUUUGGAAACAGUUAACAAUGCAGGAAAACAAAGGGAGUUUGGAGGAAUAGACCAUGGAGAUGAUCAAGCUGCAAUACUAAACCCUAACAACAAACAACUGUCACAAAUUGUUCAAGAUGAUUCCUUUAGGGAGUUUGAAUUUCGACAAUACCUUUUCUCCUGUCAAGCUAAGCUGUUAUUCAAGCUAAAACGUCCAUUUGAGGUUGCAUCAAGGGGGUUUUCAUUCAUUGUUAGUUUCUCAGAAGCAUUGGCCUUACGUGAGAGUGGUUUGCCCUUCUGUAUGAGGGAAGUUUGGGUCUUAACUGCAUCCUUGGGAUUGGUCAAUGCAACUGCUGACCAUUACAAGGAUGGAAUAGUGGCACCAGAGAUAGAAAAAGAAUUUUAUCGUGUAAAAGGGGAGUUGUAUACUCUAUGUCGCGUUAAGUUCAUGAGGCUUGCAUAUUUACUUGGGUAUGGAUCUGAUAUAGAAAGAAGUCCAGUCAACAGUGCUUCACUUAGCAUGCUACCAUGGCCUAAGCCAGCAGUUUGGCCUUCAGUUCCACCUGAUGCUGCAUCCGAAGUUCUUGUGAAAGAAAAAAUGAUGCAAGAAGCUACUCCAAGGAUCAAACAUUUUGGUAUUCAGAAGAAACCUUUGCCUCUUGAACCCUCUUUUCUUCUACAUGAAGCUAAUCGCCAAAAAAGCUCUUGUUCUGCAGAUUCAGAAGCACAAUCGUCUCAACAAAGGAAACUCGCUGAAGUUUUUGUGGCUUCUCAACAUGCUCUACGUAAAACUAUCUCCGAUCCUGGUUUAUGGAACUCGUUAUCAUCUUUACAAGAGUUUGAGAAAAAGUAUCUGGAGCUAUCAAAGGGAGCUGCUGAUAACUACCAUCAUUCAUGGUGGAAAAGGCACGGAGUUGUCCUCGACGGCGAAAUCGCCUCCGUUUGCUUCAAAAACGGCAACCACGAUCUAGCAGCGAAAUCAUACGAGAAGGUUUGUGCUCUUUACUCCGGCGAAGGAUGGCACGAUUUGUUAGCCGACGUACUCCCAAACUUAGCCGAAUGCCAGAAAAUCCUCAACGAUCGAGCCGGAUACCUAUCGUCAUGUGUGCGAUUGCUUUCACUCGAUAAAGGCUUGUUCUUAACAAACGAACGUCAAGCGUUUCAAUCCGAAGUCGUUCGUCUUGCUCAUAGCGAAAUGGAGGAUCCUGUUCCGUUAGAUGUGUCGUCGUUGAUAACAUUUUCCGGCAACUCAGGGCCGCCGAUGGAGCUUUGCGACGGAGAUCCGGGUUCGUUAUCUGUAACUUUAUGGUGUGAGUUUCCCGAUGACAUCACUCUUGAAUCACUUAGUCUCACCUUAACUGCCACCAAUAACGCCGAUGAAUGCGUCAAGGCAAUUAGAAGCGGUGAUGUAACGAUACUGAAGCCUGGUAGAAACACAAUUACGCUUUCGUUACCCCCACAGAAACCCGGUUCGUAUGUGUUGGGUGUUCUCACGGGGCAAAUUGGUCAUUUACGCUUUAGGUCUCAUGGUUUCUCAAGAGGUGGGCCCGCUGAUAGUGAUGACCUCAUGAGUUACGAUAAACCCACUCGACCCAUUUUGAAGGUGUUUAAACCAAGAUCCCUUGUUGAUCUUUCUGCAAAAGUUUCAUCUGCGUUAUUAAUGAAUGAAGCUCAGUGGGUUGGAAUAAUUGUAAAGCCAUUUAAAUACUCCUUAAAAGGAGCUGUUUUGCAUAUCAACACUGGGCCUGGAUUGAAGAUUGAGGAGUCACAUGACAUAGAAAUGGAGACACAUUUUACUUCAGAUAAUGAUGAUAAUAAUAAUAAUAAUAAUAAUAUUAACAAUAAUAAUGAUGAUGAUGAUCCUGAUGUUCCAAAAGAAUUUUCUACACUUACUCUUAAAAAUGGAAGUAUAGAGUUACCAGAUUGGGCAAGCAAUAUCGUUGGUGUUUUGUGGAUACCUGUGCGUGCCAUAAAUGAAGGACUACCAAAAGGAACAUCUGCAGGGGUAGUAUUGUCCCAAAGAGCAAAUGUAGUCGAUGGACUGAGGACAUUAGCUCUAAAACUUGAAUUUGGAGUGUCACGAAAUCAGAUAUUUGAAAAGACAGUAGCUGCUCAUUUCACUGACCCAUUCCACGUCAGCACACGUGUGGCAGACAAGGGCAAUGAUGGUGCUUUGCUUUUGCAGGUGAUAUUACAGUCACAAGUCAAAGCCUCGUUGACCAUUCAUGAUGCAUGGUUAGAUCUACAAGAUGGUUCUGUUCAUGAUGGAAAACCAACAUCUGCAUUGUUUCCUCUCAUUGUUCCUCCAGCCUCUAGAGCUGGAAUUUUAUUUGAUGAAGAGAAAGCAUUGCAUCCUGACACAAUAUUAAAUAUUAAAUACAAAAUAUCGGGUGACAGAAAUCAUGGAUCUCAUACUCCCGUAUCCUUGGAAACAAAAGUACAUGACAAUGACAAUGAUGUAUUGACAUUCAGGAGUUCUCUUGAGUUACAACGACCUGUUCUAGAACCUUCUUUAGCAGUUGGUUUUCUUCCUCUUCCUUCAAAUGGUCUUAGAGUUGGGCAGCUUUUCACCAUGAAAUGGAGAAUCGAAAGAUUAAAGUUUUUUAAAGAUGAAACAGCUUCUGGUAACAACAACGACGAAGUAGUGUAUGAAGUGAAGGCAAAUUUAAAGAAUUGGAUGAUUGCCGGGAGGAAGCGAGGCCAUGCCCCCCUCUCCACAAAGCAAGGUUCAAGGAUUGAGAUUUCUAUAUUGUGUGUACCGCUAGGUGCCGGAUAUGUUCGGCCUCCACAACUGGAAUUGCCAAAUGUGAAUCGGGCAAAUAUAAUAUGCAAUCCUGCGGGACCACAUUUGGUGUGUGUCCUGCCUCCGCCUUUGAGCUCAUCAUUUUGCAUUCCAGCGUGAUUUCGAUUUAAGAAAAAAAAAAUCAUGUUUUUUGUUUUUGGUGUGAUUGCAUUUGGUUCUAUAGAGAAUGAGUGACUAUGAAUAUGAUAAGCA